GCCUCAACAGUUCAGUUCAGGAAGGAGAAAUAAUGGCGACGCUUCUGGGGUCCGAGUCCCCUUGGACUGGAGGAAAACGAAGACACUGCAAUGGCAAUAUCGUCACAAAAUUCACAAGCAGUCAAAUUACAGGCCAAGGAUUCAGUCGGGGGACACAGCUCCCAGAGACCCUGCUCCAGGAGAGAGAUAAACGGGCCAAAUGGCAUGGCAUCCCUUCUUUGCUGCAGAAGCUUUAUGACAGCAGCCAUCCUAACAGUGACCUCUCACAGGCUCACAGCCUUCUGAAGGUAUUAUCAUCCCAGCUCUCCAUGGAGGCCAUGUCUUUUGUCACUGAGGACAGAAAGACAGCUCAGGAAUCCACCUUCCCCAACACAUACACCUUUGACCUCUUUGGUGGAGUUGAUCUGCUUGUGGAGAUCUUGAUGAGACCCACACUCACUAUGCAGAAGAAAAAACCCAAAAUGAAUGAUGACUUGGUUAAGGACUGCCUUAGUGUUCUUUACAACUGCUGUAUAUGUACGGAAGGGGUCACAAAGAGCCUGGCAGCGAGGGAUGACUUUGUUCUGUUUCUCUUCACCCUGAUGACAAACAAGAAAACCUUCCUACAGACUGCUACCUUGAUAGAAGAUAUUCUGGGAGUCAAAAAGGAGAUGAUCCAGUUAGAGGGCAUCCCCAACCUGUCAGGCCUGGUCCAGAGCUUCGACCAGCAACAGCUGGCCAACUUCUGUCGCAUACUCUCUGUCACCAUCUCGGAGCCUGAUGUAGGAAACGAUGACAAGCACACCUUGUUGGCCAAAAAUGCCCAGCAGAAGCGCAAUGCAAGCCCCUCACGGGCCGAGGUCAACCAGGUAACCCUGCUGAACAUCCCUGGCUUCAUUGAGCGGCUGUGUAAGCUGGCCACCAGAAAAGUGUCAGAGGCCACUGGGGCGUCUAACUUCCUCCAGGAGCUGGAAGACUGGUAUACAUGGCUGGAUAAUGCUCUGGUGCUGGAUGCCCUCAUGCAGAUGGCGACUGAGGAGGCCGAACAGAGCAGCACAGAGUCAUCAGAUGAGAGCUCCCUGGCCACCAGCCCUCUCAGACACCGACUGCCCCAGUCCAUGAAAAUCGUUCAUGAGAUCAUGUACAAAGUGGAGGUGCUUUAUGUGCUGUGUGUGCUUCUCAUGGGCCGACAGAGGAACCAGGUCCAUAAGAUGUUGGCUGAGUUCCGUCUCAUCCCAGGGCUGAAUAACCUAUUUGACAAGCUGAUAUGGAGGAAGUAUACUGCCUCCAAUCAUGUGGUGCAUGGCCAGAACGAGAACUGUGAUUGCAGUCCAGAAAUAUCCUUCAAAAUCCAGUUUCUGCGGCUUCUCCAGAGUUUCAGUGAUCACCAUGAGAAUAAAUACCUGCUGUUGAAUAGCCAGGAGCUGAACGAAUUGAGUGCCAUCUCCAUGAAAGCCAACAUCCCUGAAGUGGAGGCUCUGGUCAACACAGACAGGAGCCUGGUGUGUGAUGGCAAGAAGGGCCUCCUCACACGCCUUCUUACUGUCAUGAAGAGGGAGCCUCCAGACUCCUCCUUCAGAUUCUGGCAGGCGAGGGCAGUGGAGAGUUUCCUCAGAGGAGCAACGUCCUAUGCAGACCAGAUGUUCCUCCUGAAGAGGGGACUGUUAGAGCACAUCCUGUUCUGCAUAAUAGAUAGUGGCUGUACGUCUAGAGAUGUCCUGCAGAGCUACUUUGACCUUCUUGGAGAGCUCAUGAAGUUCAACAUUGACGCCUUCAAGAGAUUCAACAAAUAUGUCAACACUGAAGAGAAGUUUCAGACCUUCCUGACACAGAUCAACAGUUCCCUGGUGGACUCAAACAUGCUGGUCCGCUGCAUUGUGCUCUCUCUGGAUCGCUUUGAGAGCCAGACAGAGGAUGUCAAAGUGGUGGAGGUGCUGUCUGAGUGCUGCCUGCUGUCAUACAUGGCCAGAGUGGAAAACAGGCUGUCUUUCCUCUUCAGACUGGUCAACAUCAUCAACGUACAGACACUCACGCAGGAGAACGUGAGCUGUCUCAACACCAGCCUGGUAAUCCUGAUGCUGGCCAGAAGGAGGGCUAAGCUGCCCUUCUACCUCAAUGCCCUGCGGGAGAAGGAGCAUGCAGAGAAAUACCCCGGCUGCCUGCUCAACAACUUCCACAACCUACUGCGCUUCUGGCAGCGCCACUACCUCAACAAGGACAAAGACAGCACUUGUCUGGAGAACAGCUCCUGCAUCCCCUUCAGCUACUGGAAGGAGACGGUGUCAGUACUUCUGGGCUCAGACAGGACUUCUCUGUGUGCCAUAGCCAGUUACAUUGAUGAGCCCUUCAUGGAUCUGGACAGAGAUCUGCUGGAAGAUUGACCCCCAGCAUGUGAGCUCAGUGAGCUGGGGAGGGGACUUGGGGACACCAGAAGUAUGGACGCCUUAUGCUGGUGAUGACUCCACUGAGCUGAGCUAUCCGGGAAGUGCCGUGUCACUGCGUUCUGGAUGUAAAGACUCACCCGUUUGCUGUCUGUACCUGUGCGUGGAAUAUUGAAGACAAGAGGGGGCAUGACUUGCCUGGAUGUUGUCUUCUCCCCUAGUUUUUUCCUCUUUGCCUCAAAGGAAGAGAGGGGAAAACUAUUAGCCCAGCCCAGAUCGCCCACGUGGUAUAACACAGACAAUUACAGGACGUUGGGAAAUGACACCUAUGUUGGUGAUUUGCUUUAGGUGAAAUUCAAAUAGAGCAUUUUAUAUGACCUAUACAAAAUUCUAUGUAAAAAUAUGUAUGAUUCAACAAAUUAUAUGUUAGAAAAAGGAAUCUUUCUUGCCGUGGACUUAAGGUUUGGAAAUGGCCACAAGACGAUCACCCCUGAAGCUCAGGUCACUGGUGUGCCACAGGGCCGACUGGAGUCACAGCCCUCACCCUCCCACUACCUACCAGCUCUGUGUCCACUCUGUCACUCUACUGCCUGACCUUUGGGGAAAGAUUGGCGAUAUAGGGGUUGUUCAGGGGUCUUCUGAAUGAACAGCAUUUUCAUUUGGUCUCUCCGUGGGUCUGUUUUGUUUGGUGACUAUAAUUGACUGGUGCUUUUUGGCUCUACUCAGCACAUCUAGGUAGUUUAUGGACCUGCUGAGGUGUUUCACAGUUCACAUGGGGGCUCCCUUUCACUUAAUACCAUCCACUCUGUAGUGGCUUCAGAAGCGUCACCCAGGGACUGAUUCUUUUCUUUUUCUUUGUUUGUUUUUUUCUUUUGUUGCUAAUUAUUUUCAUCUUGUUGGAAAAAAAAAUAGGUUUUAGCGCUGGAUAAACUGUAGAAUAAAACAUUGCACAGAGUAAAUUGUUUUAAUUGUUUAUUGUAUUUUAACACUUUUUGUUGAAAAAACCCCCCUUCAUUUUGUAUCAGAAUUUGUAUCUAUGUUGUGAGAGAUGCUUUGGUAAGAGAAUAAACUAUGCAGGCGCUAGCGUUUAAAUUCCGCUUUCAUUGUUCCAGUCACAAGAUUUAUCUAAUGUGAAUGCGACUUCCCAGUGGCAUUGAGUUGCACCAUAAGAUUGAAAGCUUACCACUUAAAAAUCUAACCGCAAGUUGAGAAAUUGACAAUCUUGAUACAUGAUGGCUGUUUUUUGCAUGGUACUGCCCAUCUGUUGGAUUGAGAGAGGCAACAGGCAUGGCUGAGUUGCUGAGGUGUCUGUGGCCUGAAUGUGCAACGUUUUUGCGGAAACUUGAGGAUGCAGAGCUGAAAAGACACUUAGCAUCCAAGAUGCCGACAUAUGAUUGAGCUACCUCAUAUUUCAGCCUGACACCAUAUGGAUUAAACCACUUCUAAUGGAAAGCAUGCAGUCUUAACUCCCAGUAUGUCACGCAUCAUGUUGUAUGUUCACAUGAAUGAAUGAAUGUAUGAGGGAGUCUCUAGUCAAGCUGAUGCCAAGAUUUACUAGUGCUAUGCCACCAUGCCAUACCACCACAUGCUUCCUUUACACUCUUACCUUUUUAGUUGCUUUGAAAUGAACUCUCAAGCAGAAUAACUUCAUUAUUUCUAGCUUUUGCAAGCAUUCAGCAUGUCUUAAAGCUCUUUAUCAUGGGUGUGCAAAUAUUUUGAAUUAAUUUGUGUAUCAAUUGUGCUUUGCGGUGAUGUUAAUGCAGGUACUUCUAACAAAUGCUUCUCUCUUGCAAGUUCUUUUUCUUUGCCAGAUGGCCGAGGUGUUUGCAAUGGUUUACCCAAUAACAUGAUGUUCUGUGACACAGGAAUACUUCUGCAUUGGUGCAGUUUUCCUAGUGCUGAUAGUGUUGUUAUUGCUGGGAAGUGCUUUGUCACUUACCAGGGAUGACAGUGGAGCUAAUGCUGUGCACUUUUGUGAGCAGCAUCCAGACUAUUCUCAACCUUGAUUCCUGUAGCUCUGUGAUCUUUAGUUCUCAGAGACUGAUCACUCCACAUGAUACACAAGAGUUUCUCCUCAACAAUCGUGGCAUUUGGUUUAAUGCCCAAAGGCCUUGAAUUUGUCUUUCAUCCAUUAACAUAGAUCAUGGAUUCUUUAUGGCACAGUACAUGCUGCAUCACGGUUAGCUAUGAUAGCUAGAUGAUUUGUUAUUAGAUUAGAGGCAUUUUUUACAUGUAUUAUACUGUAGAUUAUGGAAAGAAUUGGAUGGUGAGAAUAUUAGACAUGCAUUAGGAGCAGGUGUUUAAGUCUCACUAUCACAUGCAAAUGCUGUGCACUUUACCCCGUUAAGCUUGCCCGAAGGUGCAUAUUUCCACUGACGUUUUCAAAACAUACAUUUUAGACCAUGUAGUGCUUUUCUGAUUGAAUUUGAUUGUACUUCACACCCCCUUCCCACAAACCCUGCCAAUCUGACAGCAUGUGUGGUGUUUGUUUGCGAACAGAACGCAUUGGAGAUGCAUACAUACUGGUGAUGGUGACAGUGAAUAAUAAUUCAUGUCAUAGCAAAAACCAGAAUAAUGAUAUAAAGUCAUUUUACAAAACAGCCCCUCGUGGUGGUCACCUUGGCAUGGAAUAAUGCAUAAAAAUCUAACAUAGUCCUGUGUUAUAAAUGAGUUUCUUUGACGGCAUCUGCAUCCUCCAAGUGUUUCUGCACACUUGAGUCUUAAGCUCUUUCGAUCCGUGUUCCUGUUGAACACACACUAACAAAGAUCAUCAUUAAUUCAGUUUCAUGUCCUGCUAUCACCACCUCUGUAACCUACUUUUCACAACAUGUUCAUCCUCCUAAUGCUGGUAUGGGACUUCAUUUUCCUUAUUUAACAACUGUUGUUUGUGAAGUGAAUAAUAACAAUCGUAAUAAAUUCUUCUUAAGACCUUC